GCCCAGCCUUCUCACUCCGCUCAGCGCGGACACACCGAACGGAAACAGCUGUGUCUGCAGACGCGUUCAUGUUGUUUUAAACAGUGAAAAUGGCGUAGCGGCAGGACCGGACCGGAGAGCCAUGAGGCGCCUCGGCUCUGUGCAGCAGAAAAUCCCCUGUGUUUUCCUCACUGAGGUGAAAGAAGAAGCGGCCACGAAGAGGAUCGGUCAGCAUUUUCAGGUGGUUGCCACGGAUACGGUGAACCCUGUGGCUGUCGAGUCGGACGUCUACCAUGCACUCGCAACGGAGAAGCUGGAUGGCACGUGCUGCUACGUCACUCUGUACAGAGGAGAACCGUACCUUUGGGCUCGCCUGGAUCGGAAACCCACCAAGCAGGCGGACAAGAGGUUCAAGAAAUAUCAGCACACUCAAAAGACCUGUAAAGGUUUCACGUGGAAUGUUGAAGAGGAUUUCCGAACCGUGCCUGAAUCCUGGAUUCCUGCACGUCGAGUUCAGUAUGAGAGUGGGCAUCCGGUACCUGAUGAGCACGGACACAUCCCGGGCUGGGUUCCAGUGGAUGGUUUCAACAAGCAGUACUGCUGGCACGCGUCCGUGGUCGACUACGACGCCCGAACGGCUCUUGUUCUGAGGCCGAACGGUCAGGAUGAAGCGCUGUUGGAAAUCACCAGCGUCCCUCUGACCGAGCUGAUGGAGCAAACGCUGGAGCUCGUCGGCACCAACGUGAACGGAAACCCGUACGAUUCAUCGGCACCACUUGGGUCUGAAGUGGCCCGAUGGCGACGCCUUCUUAAACUCCCGGCCCGUGGUGGUUCGCGUGGACCGGCUCCCGUUAGAUCCGGACACUUCCCCUGCCUCGCAGAAGAACCUGUUCGCUGCUCUGUCCGGUCUCGCCAGACGCCAUUUCAACUCCAUCAGAGACGUCCAGCUCGAAACCUGAUCGGUUCCACGACGUUCCUCUUCCUCAAGUGGUCCUCCUCUGCGUUUUCAUCUUUACUGACAGGACGAACCUGUUGUAGAAUUCUUUACGAAAUCUCUGCUGGUGUCCGCUGUAAAGUAUCACUUAAUCAUAGAGUUACUCCAUCAUGUUGAGCCUGAAAUGGUGGAUUGAAUUGCUCUUGAUUUUUAAGACGGAAAAUUUAAUUUCAUUUAAUUUAUUGAGCCAGAAAUGAAAUGAUGUGACUGUUAUAAUAAACACAUGUAACAGCUUGAA